GAAGAUAACGAAUAGUGUAGACUAGAAAUAUGGAUGCAUGAACAUGAAUUUAUUAGAUUACAUAUAAUAUAUAUUCUACUUGUAUUUUAAUGUAAAAUUCUCUCUUAAGAUAAGCGCAUUUAGAAAACUAUGGGUAAAUGAUUUUGCAAUGUAUUAGGCCUACAGAAACUAUAUAAUUUAUAAUGAAUAAAAUUAUAUUGGACUUCGUGAGUCCACUGAUCCAUUCAUUCAUUUUCAAUAAAUUUUCAUUCAUCCAUUGAUUUUGAUAUUGAUGAUCCAUGACAUGGCCAUGAUGGGCUAUUAAAGACUUUUUUAAUUUAUUAAAUAAAAUAUUACAACCCUAUUUAUUUAAGAAUCACCACCAUUUGAUUAUUUUGAAAUAUGCCCCUGCUUUCAUACUAGGACUAGGUCCCUACUUAACUACACUAAAUCAUACAUUUUUAAACACAUUCACAUUGAUUUCAUUGAAAAAGGGGUGAAUGAAGAUUGCCUUUAUUCAAUAAUUUAUAAGCUAAAGGCAUAAAUCACAAUUUAACCAUUUAUUUGUGAAUUAAAACCUGAUAAAAAUAUUUGACCUAUUUGUGAAGUUUUAUAAAUUAUACAUUUUCUAAUUAUGCAAUGCAUGUUGUUUUAACAGAUGACCCUUUGUUCGCCAGUUUGGCAGAUAUUCCUGAAGAAAAUCUUUCUACAAAUAUGGCAGGACUGCAAUCUUUUUUAACAAAACCGAGCAAAGCUUUAAAUUUAGGCAACCCAUCUGAUGAGCCAUAUCCUUUAGGUCAAUCUUCAAUUUCACCAAGACAACUGGAAAAGAUAUUUGGACCCUCCGCCUCUCAAAGUGUGGUUUCACCUAGUAAAGAAUUAGAGAUGUCCAUGGACUUGUCAUCUCCUUGGGCUUGUGUAAAAAAGAAAUCAGUUGAUAGAGCUCACCUAAAGCUAGAACUGACCAAGGCUAAUAACAAUACAAGAAAGGUUACAAAUUUGAAAGUUAUUAACACUUUAUUCACACAAAUGUCAGAGACAUUUACAGAUGGAAUUGAGAUAGAACCUAUGCAAAUUUUUAGCACCUGUCCAAAUUCUCCAUCCUUAGAAUUUAAGGCCAUGCUAGAUGCCAUAGAUGUUUCUCCUGAUGCAGAUUGUUCUGAAGAGGUAUUAGUAUUAUGGUUGUCUGUUUAUCUCACAGAUAUGGUAAUUAAGAAAUGCUCAUACAUUGUAUUUGUAUGAAUCUAUGAAAAUCCCAUUAAAAUAAACUUUGGCCCAACUGAUUUUAUUGCUAUGAAGUGUGUGUUUUUUUUAAAUUUCAUAUUGUUUAUACACUCAUAUAAUCUAGGACUUUUUAAAGCGGCAGUUAAAACCAAGUAUAAGAAGGUGUCGAUCACUUGAAAUGCGUAAACAUCUGAAUGACCUCUCCAAUACACCUACAAAUGCAUUUAAGAGAAAUGUAUUUAAGCGCCCCCCUGAAGCUGAUUCCAUUCAGGUAUGCUUUUUAAAUUAAUAUUUACCCGGUAUCAUUAUUUCUUUAAAAGUGUCUUACAUAAAUAAUACAAUUGAUACAAAUAAAAAUUUGACUGUAAUUUUGGUAAAUUAAGAAAUAGAUGUGGCAGACUGAAAGAAUUGGUAUCCAUAGUUCAUGUUACAAUUCAUUAAAAUAAUUUAUGACUUUAAUUAUGAUAUAGAUAUGUUUAAAAAAUUCUCAGUUAAAAUGUGUAAAAAGGACAAGAGAUGUUGUACUGUCAGAAAAUUGUAUCACAAAUAAUGAUACUGACAUGAUGAUUGUCAAUGAAGAGAAAGGUCAAGAUAAAAAUCUCUACCAUGAACGUAUCAAAACUGCUGUAGAUGCUUUGGAGUCACCUGACUUGAUUGCUGAUGGUUCAAGGGUAAUAAAAAGUAUACGUAAAUUUAGAUAAGUUUGUUGUUAACGUAGAGCUCCAUUAAACAACAUCUUGUAUUUAAUUAGAAACAUAAAACAGAAGUUGGACAUAUUUCACAUAUGCAUGAAACAUACUCUUUGAGGUCCAUGAAGCUAAAAUAAAUAAGCUUUAUUUGAACUAGAAUUAUGGUAUUCUUAGCCAUGAUUCUCACAAUAUGCAAAAUAAUAAAUUCCUUUUUUCUAAUUUAGAUUUUUAAUUUUCAUUCCCAAAGGAGUAUUGCUUACCUGUUAUAACAGGAAAACAUAGUGACCUGAAAAACAUUAGCCACCAAACUGUGAGUCUUUCUUACUUGUAAUUAAUGUUUUUUGUUUUUUUUAUAUGUAUUUCUUAAAUAUUUCGGAUCAUAGCAAUUUUAAAUUAAAAUAUAAAAGUACACUUGUCAAAUAAAAUACAUUUAAUAUUUGUGUCAUGCUAAACUAACAGCACUGAAAUUUUGAUUUGUACUCUGAACUAGUUAUACCAGUGAAAUACUAUUUUUUAAAAUUUAGAUGGCUGACUUGUUGUCACAUGUUUAUGAAAGCUCAUUUGAUAAGCUGACCAUUAUAGAUUGCAGAUACCCUUAUGAAUAUGAAGGCGGACACAUAAAGGUAAUGGUAAAAGUCAAUUUGUCUAUUAAGAUCUAGAUACCAUCUAUUAGCAGUAUUAACAUGUCUCAAUAUUUAUUUACUGGUACUUUUAUUUAGAUUUUUUAUAUAUUAGAAUGAUGGUUGUAUUUGUACAAAGAGUUAUUUAAAUAACUAAUCUAAUAUAUUACAUUAUUAAAUCUUUAAUGAUUUUAAAGUGUCAAAAUUAAUUUACAAUUAUUUGUUUUAAAAUCAUUUAUUAAUACUUUUCAUUAUCAUAGGGUGCAAUAAACAUUUAUACAGAGGACAAAAUGAUUGACUUUCUAAACAAAGAAAUAAAAGAAGUAACCAGGUCUGCACACAGGCAUAUACUGGUCUUUCACUGUGAAUUUUCUAGCCAGAGAGGCCCUAGCUUGUGAGUUUAAAUAUUUCAUCUCAUUUUAAUAUUUUCAUUCUUUUCACCGUUUCAAGGUAUAUUAUGCUGCUAUAUGUUUUAUAAAUUUGCUUUUAGGCAUUUUUUAUGUUGGAGGAUUUGUUUGUUAAUUUAACUGGGCCAGGAAUAUAAUCAAGUGCUUUGUCAGUUUGAAGUUAAUUCAUUAAGUGACUGUGAGCUUAUACUUCUCUGAAAAGGAAUAUUCCAAUUGGAACUUUUCUGUGCAUGAUUUAGGAUUAUAACCCCAAAAAUGUCCAACCAGCAGUGGAUAACAUGACAGACACUUAAUGUGGAAGAGAUCUUUAUUUAGUUAUUUAAAAAGGCUCACUUAGGUUUUUAUUUGUGGCAAUUCAAACUCUAUUUUCAUCAGACUGAGGCACUUGCGCAAAUAUGACAGACAGUUGAAUGUCCUACACUACCCACAGUUAACUUUUCCAGAAGUUUAUUGUCUCUUUGGAGGAUACAAAGAUUUUUUUAUCAAUCAUCCAGUAAGUCUGCAUAAGAUUAAUAUAAUGUUUAUUUAGGAAAAAUCUUUUGUUAAAUGUUAAAAUUUUAGGUUUAGAAAAUAAAAAUUGUUUAUUACAUUCAGCAUAAGUAAGGCUUCCUAUUGGAGGACUGUCAAAUAGAAUUUGAUAUUUUAAUUUUUAAAAUGUUUGACUUUAGGAAUUGUUUCUAUGUUAAUUGAUAUCUGUGAUUGGUAAAAAUACACAUUUUUAGCAUUAAAGCAGAAAUUAAUAUUUUUUUCUUAAAUUUAUAAACACUAUUAAAUGUUUAUUUAUUUCUGAAAAAUUGUGAUUUGAGAGCAAAAAUAACAAUUCUAUUUGAGAGCUAAAAAGUAGCAAGAAAAGAUUUAAGAUCAGGAUUGGUUAAAUUUAUCUCAGAAUCCUAGAAUUGAAAUACCUUCAAAUUUCUAAUCUUGAAGCAGUUUUUUUUUUUUUUAAUUUAACAAUACUUUCUAUCUCUUAAACUGUCUAAAUUUGCAACUCUUAUGUGAGCUGCGCUGGCUCUUAAUUUUUUUAAUUAAAUUUAAAUAUUUUAACUGCCGAUUGCACUUUUUAUAAAAUCAUUUUAAUUCAUCUCUACAGCAUCUUUGUGAACCCUCAAACUAUGUACCAAUGGUAGAUGAAAAAUAUUCCAGUGACCUGAGGCAUUUCCGUAUUAAGGCCAAAUCUUGGGCUGCAGGUGAAAAAAAAUUGCCCAUCACAUAACUGCUUACUUAACAAAAUUAAAACAUUAGAAACAUUAUAUAAGACUGAGGUGUUUUUAGAAGCUGUUCUUUAUUUAUUCAUGUGUAGAAGCACAUGGAUUUUAUGUAAUUUUGCCUUUUGUGAUGAAAUGAGAGGAAAAACUUAAUUUCAGUAUAAAAAAAAAUUAGUUUCAUUUUAGGAGGACAAUAAUUUGAAUAAAAAUAUAUUUAUUUACUUUUCACUGCCUUGUCUUCAAAGAUUUUAGUUGGCUUAAUUUAAAGGAUUUUUUUAGUCAUUUAUAAUAAUAGUAAAAUAAAAAAAAUUGCAAAUGAAAGUCAGCCACAUAAUAUAUUUUGCCAUGCAAGCCAUUCAAGAAAAUAUAUCGUAUCUGAAGAAUUCUUUUCAGCAAUGGUUUAAAAUUAAGCAUUGUGAAAAUUACUGAAAUGUUACUAACAUUGUUAGACAGAUUUUUAUUUUUAUGUAUUUUAAGAAUGUUUAUAACAAAAUGUGUCUCCAGAAAUAAUGCGUUGAGUGAGGAAUAAAAAAAACUUAUAUGUGCAAAAACUGAUAUUAAGCAUACUUUAAAAGUGUAAGCAUUUAUGCACCAGAAUUGUUUUCAUGUGAAGUAUGUCAGUUAAUGGCGUUCGAUAGUCCUUAUCAUUUUGUAUGAAAGCAUGUUUGCAUUGUACAUCUUAUUUGAGUUUAUAAAUGAAAAAAAAGUGUACAUUCAGCAGCGCCUUAUUUCUUAUGUCAAUUUUUUAAUAACAAAAUACCUGGAUCAUGCUUAAUCUUCAUUAAUUUAUUUUAAAUGUUUUAGCAAAAAGUUUUUUAACUUUUUAAUGUAUUAAAAACCUUCACUAUAAUAAAGUAAUGUAUUUUGUAACCUGGACUUAAAUAGAUGUAUCCAAUUUUUGAAGUGAAACAACAUAAGAAUGUAUUACUUUUUUAUGAACUGACAUAAGGAACUUCAUAUCAUAUUUUAAAUAGAGCUUUUUUUAAAGUCAAUUAUUUUAAAGAAUGCAUAAAAAAAUCCAUCAAGUCAUUAUUUAUCUUGUGGUCUAAUGUGAGAUAUUCUUAUAAAUGACAAUUAAUAUCUUUUUAAUCUAAGUCAAUAAAUAUCUACAAAGAAAGGUCAAUAAAUUUGAAUAUUAUAUAGAAUGUAUUUUUGUGCUUGUAUAAAAUUUUAUUGCAUUUUGGCUCCACCUAAUUUUAUGCUAAUUUUAAAGCGGUAUCGGUACGUGUACUUACAUUUAUAAAUUUUAUUUGUUUUGUUAAAAAAAAUUAUAAUAUGCACUGAAAUUAAAUGUGACAAAAUUAUUA